AAAGUGUGGUGUUGUCAUUCUCUCUCUUUCGGUCAGCUUGUCUCUCAGCAACAUCACAAACCGCUUUCAUGUGUCAUACUGACGUGUCCUUGGCUUCCCAGCAUGCGUACGGAGAGUAAAAUAAGCAAAGUGAGGAAGCGGCUCAGAUCUCUGCAGACAGACAACUGACAGGAAGAAACAGCCACAGAGCUCUGACUCGCUGCUUUUAACUUCAUUAUCGCUUCAAGAGCUGCAAUUUUUGUCUUCUGCUGGCAAGAAGAGGGAACUAGUGCUCAGACACCCUGACACCCCCUCCCUCCUCUUCUCCACUCCACUUUUGAACCCCCCACCCCCCAUUUUCAGGGUAUCUCUGCAGUUUUAAUGUGGCACAAAAAAACGGUUUGGAGGAUCGCCUCGGCAGAUGGUGCUCAGAGUCUGGACUGCUCGCUGAGGCUGAGCUGAGAGCGUUAGACUCCUCAUCGGCCAUGGGAUGCUGCAGCGUGACCCAGAGGCACACUGGAGUGGACGAAGUGGGCCCGGAUGAGAUUGAACUCCUGGAACUCUCUGGAGACAAUUUAGGUGUGUGGAAUCUGGGUGAAACCAGACUUCAGCUGUUGGUGAGGAACAGCAGAGAUGAGCAGCAGCUGCCUCCACCUCCACCUCCACCUCCACGCAGAUCUUCAGGUCGAGCCCUGGAACAGGAAGUCUGCGGGGCGCUGUGGGGCAAGAGCAGAGAUGAGCUACAUCACAGGAUUUACUCUCAGCAGCCAAUCAGAGGCUGGGAGGGGCAACCUGCUCACAUGUAUGGAGAGAUCAUCCACUCUUCCCUGGUGUCUCUAUACAACAACCACACACAGGAAAGCAGUGAACGAUUCUUGGUGUUGUUCUCUUACCACCUCCUGAUCCUCUCUCUGGACCCCUCCCAACAAGACUUCACAUACGAGGGCAUUCUUCCCAUUUCUGGACUUUCAUUCCGAGUCGUAUCCCUGGACUCCGAUGUGUCAGAUCCACAGCACAUGUUUGAAAUCAGCAGUCCAAUGGUGGACUCCAAGGUGUUUGUGUGUGCCAGCGCUGCGGAGCUACAAACGUGGAUGCAGCACAUCGAAGACAGGAGAUGCAAGUCCAUCACACAAUCCGCGAGUCCCUCACGCUGCUCACUCUCCUACCUCCUACCGUGUGACGAACCUUGGAAAAGACAGGAGCUGAAGAAAUAUUUACUGCAAGCGCCGAUAAGGCAAUGGGAGGGCUCGCCCAUACAGCACAUGGGUCAGCCAGGAUACAUUUCGACGGUUCACAUCAUCAACACGCUGAGACCGGGACAUCAAGAAAGACUGAUGGUUCUCUUUCCUCUAGAUGUUCUGCUGCUUUCUGUGGACAGCAAGAGGCUGAAUGUAAAAUAUGAGGGAAGGUUGGCUCGACACAGCAUCAAAGCAGUGGAGUGUUCAAAUCUGCCUGGAAGGCUGGCGUUUGUGCUCAUAGGUGAGCUGCUGGAGCCUUUGCAGGUGUCCUGUACCUGCCUGGAAGAUUACCAAUACUGGCUUUUUCAGCUGCAGCAGCCAGAUAGAAACAGCCAUGUUACUGUGAGUCGCCCUCCGCCUCCUCUCAUGCCCAAGCUGCAGAGGAGCAGGAAGGAGUCCCAGGAGCCCAUAGUAGCAGCUGACCAGAGCCACAGCAAUGGACGAAGCUGACCCUCCACACGCAAGAAAACUCUUUAAAAUCACUUCAGUCAUAAAUGUUUAUUAGGAACAUAAACCAUGUUCAUAAUGCAUUUAGAACCGUAAGAGGAAAUGUCCUCCUCCUAACUUUGAGGUUUUAGAUGUUUGUUGAAGAGAAGUGAAAACAUUUAACUUAUAUGUGCACUUUUACGUGUGACAGAAAGAAA